CCAAAGACAACAGAGGUAGUGGAAGGAAACACAGCUGUGUUUGAAGCAGAGACUGAAAAGACUGGCAUCAAGGUAAAAUGGCAGCGAGCUGGAGCAGAAAUGUUUGAAAACGAGAAGUAUAUCAUCAAGGCUGAGGGGAACAAGCAUUCACUCACUAUCAAUAACAUUGGAAGAGAGGAUGAUGCGACAUAUGCUGUAAUUGCAGGGAGUUCCAAGGUCAAAUUUGACCUCAAGGUCAAAGAGCCAGAAAAGUCUGAGGCAGUUCUUCCUACUGAAGCUGUUUGUACCCCAAUGGUCUCAGAGUCACCUACACCAGCAGAGACACAACCAGCAGAAUGCAGCAAGAGUUCCGAAGUUCCAGCUCCAGCUCCUGAGGCUCAGCCAGAGCUGCCUCUGGACCCUGUUGGUCUCUUUGUGACACGGCCUCAGGAUGGAGAAGUGACUGUCGGUGGAAACAUCACAUUCACUUGCAAAGUGGCAGGUGCCAGCAUGCUGAAGAAACCAUCAGUGAAAUGGUUCAAGGGAAAGUGGAUGGACCUGGGAAGCAAAGUGGGGAAACAUCUUCAGCUGCAUGACAGCUAUGACCGAAACAACAAGGUUUACAUCUAUGAAAUGCACAUUAUCCAAGCGAAAAUGACUUAUGCAGGGGGGUAUAGAUGUGAGGUGUCUACAAAGGACAAAUUCGAUAGCUGUAACUUCAGCCUGAUUGUCCAUGAAGCACCAGCAACAGGAGACAUGGAUAUCCGCACUGCCUUCCGACGAACGAGCCUGGUGGGAGGAGGAAGACGGAUGCCUGCAGCCUGUCACAGUGCAGAGGGACAUGAAGAUGGUGCAGAGCUGGAUUUUAGUGCCUUAUUGAAAAAGAGAGACAGCUUCUUGCGCUCAGUAAAUCGUGAACCAAAAACUGAAUCACAACCUGAUGUUGAUGUCUGGGACAUCCUGCGGAGAGCUCCUCCUUCUGAGUAUGAGAAAAUUGCUUUCCAGUAUGGUAUCACAGACCUACGGGGGAUGCUGAAACGCCUCAAACGCAUAAAAAAGGAGGAGAAGAAAAGUACAGCAUUCCUCCAGAAGCUGGAUCCUGCUUACCAAGUGGACAAAGGACAGAAGAUCAAGUUAAUGGUUGAACUUGCCAACCCAGAUGCUGAAGUGAAAUGGCUGAAGAAUGGACAGGAGAUCCAAGUGAGCGGCAGCAAAUAUAUUUUUGAGGCUGUUGGGAAUAAGAGGAUCCUGACUAUCAAUCACUGCUCCCUAGCUGAUGAUGCAGCAUAUCAGUGUGUGGUUGAUGAGGAGAAAAGCUUCACAGAACUAUUUGUAAAAGAGCCUCCAAUCCUGAUCAGCCAUCCACUGGAGGACCAGGUGGUGAUGGUUGGAGAGAGAGUGGAGUUCGAGUGUGAAGUGUCUGAGGAAGGGGCUGCUGUGAAAUGGGAAAAGGAUGGAAUUGAGCUGAAACGGGAAGAGACAUUCAAGUACCGGUUCAAGAAGGAUGGGAAAAAGCAUUAUCUGAUCAUUAAUGAGUCAACCAAGGAGGACAGCGGGCACUACACAGUGAAGACCAAUGGUGGGGAGUCAGUCGCUGAACUGAUCAUACAAGAGAAGAAGCUGGAAGUGUACCAGAGUAUCGCAGACCUGACAGUGAGGGCACGGGACCAGGCAGUCUUCAAGUGUGAAGUCUCCGAUGAGAAUGUGAAAGGAAUCUGGUUGAAAAAUGGGAAGGAGGUGAUCCCAGAUGAGAGGAUAAAGAUCUCUCAUAUUGGCAGAAUCCAUAAGCUAACUAUUGAUGAUGUAACCCCAGAAGAUGAGGCUGACUAUUCUUUUGUCCCUGAAGGAUUUGCUUACAACCUUUCUGCCAAACUCAGAUUUUUGGAGAUCAAGAUUGAUUUUGUGCCAAGACAAGAACCCCCCAAAAUCCAUCUGGACUUCAUGGGUCAAGCAGCCCCUGACACUAUUGUUGUGGUGGCUGGGAACAAACUUAGAUUGGACGUUCCCAUAUCAGGAGAUCCAAUACCCACUGUCAUCUGGCAGAAAGUAAACAAGAACAGCUGCAAUGUGCUAAGCAAUGCUGAUUCCAUGGAUUCCCCAGACUCCAGCAGUGAUUUAAGUAAGGAGAGCAAGUGCCCACAGCUUCUCUCUGAAACUGAAGGUAGAGUUCGUGUAGAGAUGCAUGAAGACCACUGUAUCUUCAUCAUUGAAGGAGCAGAGAAGCCAGAUGAGGGGGUUUAUAGAGUUACAGUAAAGAACCCAGCAGGAGAAGAUAAGGCUGAUAUCACAGUAAAGGUUAUUGAUGUUCCUGAUCCUCCAGAGGCUCCGAAGAUCAUCGAUGUUGGAGAGGAUUACUGCACAGUACAGUGGCAACCCCCUAAAUAUGAUGGAGGACAACCAAUACUGGGCUAUAUCUUAGAGAGGAAAAAGAAGAAGAGCUACCGGUGGAUGCGGCUGAACUUUGACCUUUUGAAGGAGCUGUCAUAUGAAGCCAAGCGAAUGAUUGAAGGUGUUGUUUAUGAGAUGCGGCUUUAUGCUGUGAAUUCCAUUGGCAUGUCCCGGCCUAGCCCCGCCUCACAGCCCUUCAUGCCAAUUGCUCCCCCAAGUGAACCAACCCACUUGACAGUGGAAGACAUCUCUGACAGCACUGUUACCCUGAAGUGGAGACCCCCUGAGCGGAUUGGAGCAGGGGGACUAGAUGGCUACAAUGUGGAGUACUGCAAAGAAGGAUCUACAGAGUGGGUUCCAGCUCUUCAGGGUCUAACUGAGAGAACAUCUGCACUCAUUAAAGAUCUGGUCACCGGGGACAAACUCUACUUCCGUGUCAGGGCUAUAAAUCUGGCUGGUGAGAGCGAACCAGCACUAACCAAAGAGCCUGUUACCAUCCAAGAGAUCCUGCAACGUCCCAAAUUCUGGCUGCCACGCUAUCUACGGCAGACUCUGGUGAAGAAAGUAGGAGAGACAAUCAAUAUUGUGAUUCCCUUCCAGGGUAAACCUAGACCUAAAGUCACUUGGACAAAAGAUGGUCAAACACUAGACGCCAAAGAGGUCGGAAUUCGGAACAGCACCACAGAUACUAUCCUGUUCAUUCGAAAGGCUGAGCAUCACCACUCAGGGACAUAUGAAGUGGAAGUUCAGAUAGAAAACAUGAAUGAUAAGGUUGCUAUUACCAUGCAGAUAAUGGACAAACCUGGUCCACCUCAGAAUGUGAAAAUCAUAGAUGUGUGGGGAUUCAAUGUCGCUCUGGAGUGGAAACCACCCCAAGAUGAUGGCAAUGCACAGAUCUUAGGGUACACAAUCCAGAAGGCUGACAAAAAGACAAUGGAAUGGUACACUGUUUUUGACCAUUAUCGACGCACCAACUGUGUAGUGUCAGACCUGAUUAUGGGGAAUGAGUAUUAUUUCCGUGUCUUCAGUGAAAAUUUGUGUGGACUGAGUGAAACUGCUGCAACAACUAAAACUCCUGCCUACAUACAAAAGACAGGCACCAUUUAUAAACCACCCGGUUACAAAGAGCAUGACUUCUCUGAAGCCCCCAAAUUCACUCACCCCUUAGUAAGCCGUUCUGUGAUCUCUGGAUACAAUGCUACGCUCAGCUGUGCUGUAAGAGGAAGCCCCAAGCACCUCAGUAAAACUCUAAACCUUAGUUCACCAGCAAUUCAAGGUGGUGUUGGGGUUGGAAUUUGAAAAGAAGGAAAGGAAAAAAGAAAAAAAAAUGAAUAAAUGCGUAGACCCAUGUACACCCAAAGCUCUGCUAAUCUUUAAGUGUCAUUUAAUGGGGGAGGAAGAUGUCCUGUUUAGCUACACAGUUUCACAUAUUUCCCUUCUCAGAAUUUUUGAAGUGUUAUUGUCCCUAAUAACCAUGCAGGGGAAAUAGAAAUAUUUUCCCCAUUAACACUAGAGAUUCUCCUUUAGGACAGAAACAUUAAAGCUAAAUACAAAACUGAUCCACCACCCCUCAGGUAUGAAGUGAGCACAAACACUAACAUCAACUCUCCAAUGCUAAAAUAAAUCCUCUCUUUUUCCUCUGUCACUUUCAGAAUUCUAAAAUUCCUGAUAGGAUACUUGUAUUGCUCAGAAAUAUUACAGAUAGGAAAAUCCUAGCAGGUCAUUUGUUCUAGUGCUUCAACUUUAUCACCCCACAGGACCCUAGAUAAAAGAGAGACCUCACAGGGGUCUCUUUCCUCUUCCAACCUCCAACACCUGAUUCUCAAAAUGUUUAUGUCUGUGGACUCAAGAAGGCCUCUACAGAUCCCAGCUUGUCCACGGAACACUAUUUGAGAAUAUCUGGUCUAGGCUAUCGCACUGCUUGCUGUACAUAAGAUAGUCCCUGCUAACUAUUCACUAAUCAUCUUCUGGUUUGGUAAAUUACACUAGCAUGAACUCCUGUUUUUCAGAUGUUACUACAACACAUCAUGAAAGAACUCAAAUUCAAAACUAGCUUUCUGUCUCAGGAGAGAUGUUGAAAAAUGCAGUCAGGAAGUAAAGCAUACAAGACUAUUUCAAACCACAAAGCUUAUGAUGAAUUCAGCAAAAGCUUAUUUUAAUUUUGUAUCAUUUGUGGUUUUUCAAAGUUUAUAAACUAUUUUUACAUGUUUUUCCAGACAGUUAUGUUCUUCAGUUAGGUUUUUGAAUUUGUUUAAAAAAAAAAA